AUGUGCCAGAACUUAAAGAGUUCAAGAUCAGAAAUUUUGGUUAGAUUAAAAGAGCUUCAAAAUAGGAGGAAGUAUCUUCUUGACAAGUUGACAGGAAAGAGGAAAAGCAAGUAUGUGAAAGAACUUGCUUGUGACCAUUUGAUGCAGACUUCAAGGAUCCAGGAAUCAGAAUCUGAGAAUAGUGUUAAUACCGGUACAGGUACAUCAAAUUCUUCAACAGACUCUGACAUAAGUACUAUCAGUAGUAAUGAGAGCAAAUCAUCAAAGAUUGAGAACGUCAAAGCAGCAUUUAAUCCUGGAGAUGUUGUGUACGGAGACGCAAGUGACAAGUUUUCUGCUUUUCCAAACUGUUCACCACGAGGCACAUUCAAAAUUGAUUUUGUCGGAACGCCAUUCACUAUUGCCAAAAACAUACAAUGGACAUGGCAGGGAAAUUUUGUGGGAGGCAGCACAGCAAAGGGUGUAGCACACGUUACAAACAAUAGUUACAUUGGAUGUUUCGUGGACGCGGACGACAGACUGAUGGGAGGACACUUUGAGAAUAAUGCUCACAUGACCACAGAGCUAUGUAUACAGCACUGUAAGACACUUGGAUUCUGGUAUGCUGGUACACAGUAUCGAACACAAUGCUUCUGUGGAGACAAUCACGACCGCCACUCACUGGCUACUGAAUCUGACUGUAACAGUCCGUGUGGGGGAAACUCAAAAGAAAUAUGUGGAGGAACUUGGAGAGUAUCAGUGUAUGGAACAGGUGUGCGACAGAUUUUUGAAGGUAGAUGUGGAGGAUUUCCUGGAGGUUGUUACCCAGCAACUGUUUCUGAUCCUAGUAAUCCAAUACUCGCCCUACAGGUGGUUCCCUCACAUCCGUGUCUGCAGCCAAUAUCACCCUGCAAGAAUGAAGGAAAAUGUGUUGCCUCAUCAGCCUCGGGUUUCCAUUGUCUCUGCUACUCUGGCUACACAGGGUCAAUGUGUGACAUCCCUAAUCAGGUUAUUACAACAAACCUAACUUGCCCCGUUGGAAUGAUUGCCGAGAAAUGUACAUGUGACAGAAGUUGUUAUGGGGCUGCCUUCAAAGGAGACAAGUGCAAAGUGUAUGGCUCACGGGGUGUAGUAAAGCCAUUGACCACCUGUCGACCAGGCAUUGGUAACCACAUCAUCAUGUUUAAUGUAGAAGGCAGUGGUAUGGUCAAAUGUCCACCAGGCUCUAACCUCACAGGCUGUACCUACAGGGAUAGAGGUUACUAUCCUGUAUCCUCUGGUAACCACAAGUUUAUGACGGCUACUGGAGAAGCCACCCAGAUCCGCUACAAUACAGGCACAUGUAGUUUAUUGCAUAGCUGUCAGUCCUGUACCCUUCAGGCCAGGUGUAAGAAAUUUGAUUGUGGGUGUCAAAAUGGAGGUCAUUGUCACAUGAUCACUGGAGAGUGCAUUUGUACCCAAGGUUACUAUGGCGAGAAGUGUGAAAACUUUGAUUAUUGUGGCUACUAUGAAACACACAACAACGUAACUGCGUGCGGUGCUGGAGGAAUAUGUAGCGCCAUUCCUCAGGAGGAAAUUAAGGCGUAUGGAGGAGACAACGCUGGAGACACUUGUGUAUUUCCAUUUCAGUACGGAACAAAUUCUUACGGAUCCUGUAUCCAAUCGAACAGUGUUGGUCCUCCCUUUGCUUGUGGUACAAAGUUUGAUGGCCAGAGGGAUGGAUAUAUAGAUUUGGGCCUGUGGAGUCCAGGGACCCAGUAUACCAUUGCUGCCUGGGUGAGACCUGACGUGGCUGACGUAACUAGACGUACUAUUGUAGGUGGUGUUGGAGACUGUAAAGACUUCGGGCUGUAUCAUUUUGAGAAUUUUUGGGCGUAUUAUCGAGGACAAGGUGCUGAUAGUAUUUGUACACGAGGAUUGUCGGCUGUGGACAAGAUCCAAACGGGGCAGUGGUAUCUUAUUGCUUCAAUAAAAAACGACACUCAUGUCACACUUUAUGUCAAUGGGAAACUGAGAUCUAUACGGGCUAGCCCCAACGCCCUUCCAACAACAGGAGGAUUGUGGAUAGGUGGCGAGGAGUGCUGUGAACAGGGCAGGUUCAAGGGCAUGAUCAAAUCAGUAAAGAUCUGGAAGAGGGCUUUGUCUCCAUCAGAUUUGAAAAAAAGUAUGGAAACACAGAGUGCAGCUUACUAUACAAAUGAAGCUCAGACACAAGGCCUGGUUGGAUAUUGGGAGCUGGGAGAGGUGUUACCACCCCCUUGUGUUGGUUUAGAUCACGGCGGAGAGGAUUGGAUCCUAGACCAAUCUAGUACCAUUAUCAUCUCAGGUAGCCAUUGUAAUAUCAGCCAGUUCACAGUACCAGAAAACACUGUUGUAUUUGUUAAACCAUGGAAUGGAUCAACAGGUGGCACACUCCAGAUCCAAGCCAAGAAUAUUCUGAUUGCUGGCACACUAAAUGCUCAUGCAGCUGGAUACAAAGGUGGAUCUAUACCUGGGGCAGGGGCUUCAGGCCAACAAGGGGAGUCCUACCCAGGUUUAGGAAAGACAAAAACCAGUGACAACAGGGGAGGCGGAGGAGGGGGACAGGGAGGCACCAAAUCAUCAGACCAUCGUGGCAGACCAGGGGGAGGGGGAGGAUAUGGUAACCCAGCGUCAUAUAAUAGGAACAUUGGAAAUCAGGCCAAUGGGUAUGGAAGCUCUGGCCAAGUGUAUGGAGAUGAAACACUUAGUGACCUGUACUUAGGGUCUGGAGGCGGUAGUGGGGGCAGUGCUACAAACCUAACCAUUAACCCUCCAGGUGGUAAGGGAGGGAAUGGUGGAGGAGCCAUCAGUCUGAAAGCGGAGCUAAGUGUGAAGAUCUCAGGCAAAAUUACAGCAACAGGGGAGCCUGGACAGGGUGAUAGCACAUACAGUUGGUGUCCUCCUCCAUGCACCUCCAUCUCUUCUCGAACUGGCAGAGGAAAAUGUUCUAGUCUCAAUGUAACUGCAUGUUGGGACGAGUCUGGAGCCGGGGGCGGAGGCAGUGGCGGAAGUAUCUUUAUAUCGGCAAAAUCUAUUGCCAUAAGUGAGAGGGGAGGAUGGAGGCUCGAUGUGUCCGGAGGCGUCGGAGGUUAUGCCCCUUUCAAUAAUAAAGGGGGAACAGGUGGAAGUGGGCGUGUCCGGUUAGAGUAUAUCACAUAUACAGGAAAUACAAGAUACUACAGUCCUGUCUCCAAAAUAUACUCUUCUGCUACACUUCAAAAUGAGUUUAUGGAUCUGAGUCAGGCUGGCCAAAAACUUAUUGACCUAUCAUCUACGCAGUAUGGUAACGAGGUUUUGCGCGGCUGCUUUGUGGACAAUACUACCUACAGGAUGUUAUCAGUCCCAGUCACUCUGUCUAGCACUGACAAACAACGUUUGACUCAAGACAAGUGCAUCAGAGCAUGCAGACUCAAAGGGUACAAGUACUCCGGCACCGAAUAUCACAACGAGUGUUACUGUGACAACCAUUUAAAGAUGCAGCUUAAGCGACCCGACAGCGAGUGUAACACCCCCUGUACGGGAGAUCGUACGCAGAUGUGUGGUGGCACGUAUCGAAUUCUUGUGUUUGGCCCGCCCCCUGGUAGUCCAGCUGUCGGUCACUCCGGAGCUGUGUCGAAGUGUGAGCCCUGGUGUGUUACUGCUGAUCAGAAUUCAAACACUCCGAAAUGGGGGCAGUGUUCCUUGACUACCGAGUUUGUCACCUCCUGGCAGAUUCACUGUGACUGUCCAUCAGGAUUCACUGGUGUUGGCUGUGCUGAGGUAUGUACAGAGUGGACAUGGGGUAGUGCCUGCAGGAGAAACUGUACUUGUAAUCAGAACAACACCAUAUCCUGUCUGCCUCAGACUGGCCAGUGUCAGUGUAAACCAGGUUUCCAUGGCACUCAGUGCCAAACGCCCUGCCCUGAUGGACACUUUGGAACCAACUGCCUGAAUUUGUGUAACUGUACAGGUGCGUCCGACUGCGACAAGGCCACAGGAAAGUGUAUUUGUCAGCCAGGAUGGUACGGCCAUAACUGUAAUUUCCCCUGUCCACCAGGAGUAUGGGGCCGGAACUGUUCGUCGGUGUGUGAAUGUGUUCAAGGAUCAUGUGACCCAGUUGCAGGAACAUGUGAUUGCAAACCUGGAUACAAACUACCUAUGUGUGCUGACACAUGUGAACCGGGGGUGUUUGGGCCAAAUUGUAUGUACAUCUGUGACUGUAAUGGCCAACGCUGUGAUCCGAUUUCUGGCGUGUGUGACUGUGACAGUGGCUACACAGGGCACACCUGUGAAAAGCUAUGUCCCUAUAAUACUUACGGGAAGCACUGUGCACAGAGUUGUAACUGCCUCGCUGACUUUGACUGCGACCACCAGACCGGAGCCUGUGUUUGUGGACCAGGUUAUCUUGGACCUCACUGUGACCAACCUUGUCCUCAGGGAACGUAUGGUGUGAAUUGCCAAAAACACUGCGUCUGUCAGAUGAAUCAGACAGAGAAAUGUGAAACUGAUACUGGACUGUGUACGUGUAAACCAGGUUUUCUCGGCGAUGACUGUAAACUCUCCUGUCCUAUUGGAUUUUUCGGUCCAGGCUGUACAUCCACCUGUAAUUGUCAUAACGAGGCUCCCUGUGAUAAAGUGACUGGUGCAUGUACAUGCCCUGCAGGCUGGACAGGACUAGGAUGUGAGAAUGCCUGUCAGGAGCCUUAUUACGGCAACUGUUCGACAGUAUGUCCUAACUGCCUGAAUGGAUUUUGUGACAAAGGCACUGGUCAAUGUCGCUCAUGCCCUGGAACCAGCUGUCAAUGUUCAGAAGGCUUCUAUGGUGACAGAUGUCAAAACGAGUGUGAUUGUUUCCAUGGACAUUGUUCUGGCAAUGGUCAGUGUCUGUGUAGUCCAGGCUGGCAAGGAAGUCAGUGUGACCAACAGUGUCCUACAGAUCACUUUGGGGCAGGAUGUAAUCAAACGUGCCACUGUGACCAUGGCAAAUGUCACCAGGAAAUUGGCAUCUGUAUCUGUGAUCCUGGUUUCCAUGGUGAUCACUGUGACCAACCUUGUUCUAACAACACCUAUGGCUCUAACUGUCGGCGGGAGUGUUUGGCGUGUGGAAGAUUUUCCACAGGGACAUGUGACCCAGCCACAGGACAUUGUCAAUGUGUACCAGGCUACAAGGGUAUACUCUGUACCACGCCCUGUCCAACCGGCAAAUUUGGUGCAAACUGUUCCCAGACUUGUGCAUGUGAGAGAGGGACUUGUCGACAGACUGACGGAUUUUGUUAUUGUCCUGAUGGAUGGACUGGUACAAAAUGUCACUUACAGUGCCCUCCUGGUAAAUGGGGAUACAACUGUUCCAAUGCCUGUAAGUGUAGCCCCCACAGUAAUGGCUGUGAUCCUGUCUCUGGACAAUGCCAGUGUCAGCCUGGAUUUGCAGGAGUUUACUGUCGGGAAAGCUGUAAAGAUGGAAUGUAUGGACAAAAUUGUACCAAUCACUGUCGUUGUAAUCCAUAUGGAUUUACUGUAUGUAGUCCAAUUGAUGGUUCAUGUCAGUGUCGUCUUGGUUACACGGGCGACAUGUGUGAGAGAGUGUGUAAUCCAGGGCAGUGGGGUCUCGAUUGCAAGAUGAAUUGUGAGUGCAGUAACCAUGGCAACUGCAAUCCAUUUACUGGAGCAUGUGACUGUCUACCAGGAUUCAAUGGUACCAACUGUCAGUUUUCUUGUCCAGCCAGCACGUUUGGUAAGAACUGUGGGCAGUCCUGUAAUUGCAAUGGAGGAACCUGUGAUCCUAGAAAUGGGAUAUGUUCUUGUUCUCCGGGAAGGAAAGGUCAUCAGUGUGAGUUAGUUUGUGAGUCUACACACUUUGGUUUCGACUGCGCUCAGCCAUGUGUUUGCCAGAAUGAAGGUGUAUGUAAUCCUGUGAAUGGAGAUUGCCUUUGCCAGCCUGGAUGGUCAGGAAUAAGGUGUGAUAAACCUUGUCCUGAGGGUCAGUUUGGUGUCAACUGUGCGCAGACAUGUCCGCCGUGCCAGAACGACGGAUCUUGUGAUAGUGUCACCGGCCAAUGCUCAUGUGCUUCAGGAUAUACUGGUCCAUUGUGUAAUGAGACUUGUACACCAGGAUUAUGGGGCAGUGGUUGUACCAUGCAGUGUCCUACCUCCUGUUCAUCAACAUGUUUCUCUACUACUGGCACGUGUAAUUGUCUCCCGGGUGCAUGUUUAAAUGGAGGCGUCUGUAACAAGAAGGGGUUGUGUUUGUGUGUUGAUGGUUUCCAUGGUACCGAUUGUUCACUGGCGAAAGGAACUCAGUUGUCUGGCUCUGUUUCCGCCCAUACCUCCACCAAAUCAUCAGGCUCCGCUAUAUACCUGAGUAAAGGGUCAAUGGCUGGCAUUGUGUUAGGUUUGAUUAUCAUGGCCUUAAUUGCUGUAACAGCGGUGUUUCUGUUGAUGCGCAAAAGAUAUACUGGACAGUUUAUACAUGGAACAGGCGGUGUUGCCAAAACAGCUUUCUCUCCAGAGGUCAAAGAGGACACAAAUGAUGGAGCUGCAGGUUUUUCCAAUCCUCUUCACUUCUCUGAAUUUUCUACACCAAAGACAGAUCCAGAUGAAACUCUGAAAGACAGUGCAGCAUAA